CCGGGCGCGCGUCCCGGGCCCCGCGGCGGCGUCGGCAGCGGCGGCCGCGGCGUGCGGGGCCGCACUCGGGCUGAGCCAUGCCGGCGGCGCGAGUGGAGUACAUCGCGCCCUGGUGGGUCGUGUGGCUGCACAGCGUCCCGCACGUGGGCCUGCGCCUGCAGCGGGUGGACAGCACCUUCAGCCCGCGCGACGAGACUUACCAGGAGUCGCUGCUGUUCCUGGGGCUGGUGGCCGCCGUGUGCCUGGGCCUGAACUUGAUCUUCCUCACGGCUUAUCUGGUCUGCGUGUGCUGCCGCCGGCGGGACGAGGCCGGGCAGACCAAGCAACGCGGCUCCUGCUGCACCACCUGGACGGCGGUGGUGGCCGGGCUCAUCUGCUGUGCCGCCAUAGGCAUUGGGUUCUAUGGGAACAGCGAGACCAGCGACGGGGUCUACCAGCUGACCUACUCCUUGGACAAUGCACACCACACCUUGUCUGGGAUCGACACUCUGGUUUCUGGAACCACCCAGCAGAUGAAGAUGGACCUGGAGCAGCACCUGGCCCGCCUCAGUGAGAUCCUGGCCUCCCGGGGCGACUACAUCCAGACCCUGAAGUUCAUGCAGCAGAUGGCCGACAGCAUCGUCACCCAGCUCUCGGGGCUGCCCGUGUGGCAGGACGUCGGCGCCCAGCUGAGCGAGCUGGCCGACCAGACCGGCUACGUAGAGUACUACAGGUGGCUCUCCUACCUCCUGCUCUUCAUCCUGGACCUGGUGAUCUGCCUUGUCACUUGCUUGGCGCUGGCCAGGCGCUCCAGGUGUCUGCUGGCUGCGAUGCUGGGCUGUGCGCUGCUGGUGCUGCUGCUUAGCUGGGCGUCCCUCGCCACGGACUCGGCCACUGCGGUGGGCGCCAGUGACUUCUGCGUGGCUCCCGACGCCUUCAUCCUGAACUUCACGCAGGGCCAGAUCAGCACAGAGGUGACCCGCUACUACCUGUACUGCGGUCAGAGUGCGCGGAGCCCCUUCCAGCAGGCACUGACCGUCUACCAGCGCUCGCUGACCACCAUGCAGAUCCAGGUGGCGGGGCUGCUGCAGUUCGCUGUGCCGCUCUUCCCCACGGCCGAGAAAGACCUCCUGGGCACCCAGCUCCUGCUGAACUCCUCCGAGGCCAGCCUGCAGCAGCUGACGGCCAUGUUGGAUUGCCGGGGUCUGCAUAAGGACUACCUGGACGCCCUCACCGGCAUCUGCUACGACGGCAUCGAGGGCCUGCUCUACCUGGGCCUCUUCUCCCUCCUGGCCGCCCUGGCCUUCUCCACCCUGAUCUGUGUGGGGCCCCAGGCCUGGAAGUGCUUCACGGCCAGGGACAGAGACUACGACGACUUCGACGACGGCGACCCCUUCAACCCCCAGGCGCGGCGCAUGGCUGCCCACAGCCCCUGCCGGGGGCAGCUACACAGCUUCUGCAGCUACAGCAGCGGCCUGGGCAGCCAGAGCAGCCUGCAGCCCCCGGCCCAGACCGUCUCCAACGCCCCCGUCUCUGAGUACAUGAACCAGGCGAUGCUGUUCGGUGGGAACCCACGCUACGAGAACGCACCGCUCAUCGGGAGAGGCUCCCCUCCACCCACGUAUUCCCCCAGCAUGAGAGCCGCUUACCUGUCGGUGGCAGACGAACACCUGCGGCACUACGGCAGCGACUUCCCAGCCUAGCGGACGGCCGCGCCAGGGCCCUGCCUGCUCUUCCCGCGGGCCCACCACGGACCACCCGCGUUCCUCCAACGGGAAUCAAAGGCACCCGGACACCUGCAGGCUCUCACAGCUGACCAGCGCCCCUGGCGGGGACAGAGAACCUGCGACUCGGCCAGCCUCUCUCUCCUGCACCCCCCUCUCUGCACCAGAACCGCCC